AUGGCCUCAUUCACGGAAAAGUCGCAACCUCUUGAGGAAAGCAGCGGUAAAGUCGUCGACAAGAAGAACAGGGAGAAGAUUGGAGCAGCGAAAAAAGUGGACAAAGUCGACGACAGUGCCGCCAAUCAACAAAAAGAGCAACAAAAAUACGAGAUUUUUGAUCCGGCACACUACUACGUUGGCACGGUUAGCCGCGCGAAUGCGAAUCUCGAAGCUCUGGAGGAGAAAAUCCCGCUUCGUCUUAUCUAUCGACAAACGAAUGAUGGCGAAAAGAUUACAGAAAUCAUCAUCCGCACUCGCAGCAAUGAUAAACGCGUGAAAGAGGUCUCUUUGGAUGGAGAGAAAAGGUUUUCGUCCUUGCGUGAUCUUCUCAAACACUACUCGAAGAAUGACCUUCCGUCUCUAACUUCUACUACU